AUGGAUGUCAGCAUCGAAGAUCGGCCACCGCCACGCUCAUUGAAGGGCAAAGUUGCAAUAGUGACAGGAGCAGGCUGUGCUGGAAACGGAGUUGGUAAUGGUCGAGCAAUAUCGAUAUUACUCGCAAGUGACGACUGCCAAGUGGUAUGUGUCGAUCGGAACUUGGAAUGGGCGGAGAGGACGGUGGCAAUUGUGAAUUCAGAGCCGGGGCGGGGGACUGCUGUCGCCAGCGAAGCAGACGUGACAAGUGAAGAGGAUUGUCGACGGACUGUCGAGCUUACGAUAGAAAAGUUUGGUCGACUUGAUAUCCUGGUUAACAAUGUCGGCAUCGGCGGUGCUCCCGGAACUGCUGUUGAAGUGGACAUGCAAUUAUGGGCGCAGGGGUUAGACAUCAAUGUUUCAAGCAUGGUCAUGAUGGUCAAAUUUGCUGUACCUGCCAUGAAGCGCAAUCAAGGAGAACUCCGAGGUUCGAUUGUCAAUAUGGGCAGCGUUGCCGGCUUAAAAGGAGGCACGCCUCAUCUUCUGUACCCCACUAGUAAGGGCGCUAUUGUGAACAUGACACGGGCAAUGGCCGCACAUCAUGCAGACGAUGGUAUUCGAGUCAACUGUGUUUGUCCUGGGGUUGGUAACCCAUACCCAGUUCUAUGCAUUGCUUCAUGCUUACUAUUUCAGAUGUUGUAUACGCCCAUGAUGUACGCUGGUGGUAUGACCGAAGGCGCCAGAGAAGCUCGUAAAAAGCGAAGUCUCCUUGGGACUGAGGGAACUGGAUGGGACUGCGCUUGUGCAGUUGUUUUUCUGGCAGGCGAUCAUGCGAGAUGGAUCACUGGUGCGAUCCUUCCCGUGGACGCUGGGGCUACCGCCGCUGUAGGUAUUGGCUUGCCAAAGACUGCAAGUGUCAAUGGCACUUCUCAGUAA